AAUGGCAGACAGCUUCACAUGCAGUUCUAUCCAUUAUCGUGACUUUGUAGUAGACCUGAAGCCUACUCUCGUCCACACAAAUUCUAUCUCUUAACCUCUUUGCUUUAUCUUUAUUUUUUCAGAAUUCAUACAAACCAUUUUGCAUCUUAUAUCAAAACCCACAAACAAUCUUUUAAGUUUCCAAAUAGCAAUGGCUAUUGGUGAAGUCUUUAUCGGAGCAUUCAUCACUGUGUUGUUUGAGAAGCUGGCCUCCGGUGACUUAAUCAGGCUGGCUCGAUCUGCAGGAAUUCAUCCUGAGCUCAACAAAUUGAAAACAAACUUGGCAUUGAUCCGCGCUGUACUUGCCGAUGCAGGUGAGAAGCAUAUAAGAGACAGAUCAGUUCAAUUGUGGUUGAAUGAACUCCAGCAUUUGGCUUAUGAAAUAGAUGAUGUACUCGAUGAAUUGGCCACUGAAGCUAUGAGGCGCCAGUUGAACAAAGAAUCAUAUGCCAAUGCCAGCACCAGCACGAGUACGAAAUUAAAGUUUAUUCCGUCCAAACUUCAUGCUAUUAAGUAUGGUCUUAAGAUGAGGUCUAAGCUAGAAGGGAUUGCAACCAAAUUGCGUGAACUAGUUGAGGAGAAAAAUCUUUUGGGUUUGGAGGAUGAUGCUGAAAGGCCAAAGAGAGGUAGUAGACGGUCAGAGGAAACUUCACUCUUGCCUAUAGUCGUUAUAGGUCGGGAAAGUGAUAAAGAGGCAUUGUUGGGGAAGUUGUUGGGCAGUGAAUCUUCAAAUAGUCAAACUCCAACCGUCAACGUGGUAUCCAUAGUUGGUCUGGGUGGGAUUGGCAAAACCACUCUUGCCCAACUUGUGUAUAACGAUAAGAAAGUGAAGGAGCAAUUUGAACUCAUGGCAUGGGUUUGUGUUUCUGAUGAAUUUGAUGUAUUUGGAAUUAACAAGGCUAUUUUUCAAGCUGUAGGUGGAGGGAACCAAGAUUUUGCUAGUCUAAAUCUUCUUCAGGUGGCCCUUUCAGAAAAACUUUCAAAAAAGAAGUUCCUGCUUGUUCUAGACGAUGUCUGGAAUGAAAACUACAAAGAGUGGGAACUCCUUCAACGCCCAUUUUAUGUAGGGGCUCCUGGAAGUAAAGUUCUUGUGACCACACGGAAGACCAUGGUUGCAUCGGUGAUGGGUUCCGUUCAAACGUACCCUCUCGAGAUUUUGUCUGAUGAAGAAGCUCUAUCUUUAUUUGCUCAAUAUGCGCUAGGUAAACCUAAUUUCGAUUCACGUCCAACAAUUAAAUUGCAUGGUGAAGCUAUCGUGAAGAAAUGUGGUGGAUUACCUUUGGCUUUGAGAACACUAGGGUGGGUGUUGAGAACAAAAUCAAAUGAUGAAGAAUGGGAAGAAUUAUUGAAUAGUGAGUUAUGGAAUUUACAAAAUGAAAGUGAGAUUCUUCCUGCUCUAAGGCUAAGUUACUAUGAUCUCCCAGGGCAUUUGAAACAAAUGUUUGUGUAUUGUUGCUUAUUCCCAAAGGAUUACAUUUUUGACAAGGAUGAACUGGUCCUUUUGUGGAUGGCUGAAGGGUUUUUGGGUCAGCCAAAGGGAGACAAAUUAGUGGAGAGUUUUGGUGGGGAGUGUUUUGAAGAGCUUGUGUCAAGGUCAUUUUUUCAGCAUUCAACAAAUGAUAAAUCACUAUAUACAAUGCAUGACCUGAUAAAUGACUUGGCAACUAGUAUUGCAGGAGAGUUCUUUUUUACUUUGGAUGAUAAGAUGGAUGUUUACAACAGCCAGGAAGCUUUAGAGAAGGUCUACCAUCUUUCAUAUAUUCGUGAAAGUUAUGGAGCAUACAAAAAGUACAAAGCACUACAAAGAGCCAGACGCCUGAGAACAUUGUUAGCUGUGUCACUUAGAAGGUUAAGUAGUUGGGAAACAUUCUAUAUACCAAACAUGACUCUUAUAGAACUACUUUCCAAACUGAAAUUCCUAAGGGUGGUAAACCUAGCUAAUUAUAAUAUUACAGAGGUACCACCAUCUGUUGGUAGUCUUAAGCAUAUGCGGUACCUCAAUUUUUCCAACACACAGAUUAGAUGUUUACCUGAACAGGUUGGUGACCUUGUUAAUCUACAGAGCUUGUUGUUGUCUAGUUGUCAUGAGUUAUCUAGCUUGCCAAAUAGUAUUGCAAAGUUAAUAAACCUACGACAUCUCGACAUCGCGAAUACCCCACGAUUGAACAAGAUGCUGUUAGGACUUGGUGGAUUGACGAGUCUACAAACUCUACCCAAAAUUAUUAUUGGAGGAGUUGGCGAUUGUCGAAUAUCGGACCUGAAGGGAAUGUUGCAUCUUCGAGGUCAACUUUCCAUCGAGGGGCUGCACGAAGUGAAAGAUGCAAUGAACGCAAAGGAGGCACACUUACAGCAAAAGAAGGGAAUUUGUGAUUUGCGGAUGGAAUGGACCGAUGUCUUUGAUGAUUCUCGGAAUGGAAAAACUGAAUAUGAAGUACUUACAGGGUUAAGACCUUCCGAGAAGUUGGUGAGCCUUGAGAUUGUGUACUACGGGGGAACAAAAUUGCCUAGUUGGGUUGGGGAUCCCUCUUUUGUUUGCUUAACCCGACUUACAUUACGUGGUUGUAGAAGUUGUACGUGUUUACCAACACUUGGACAUCUACAUUCACUUAAAGAGUUGUUUGUUGAAAGCAUGGAUGGGUUGAAGAGACUGGGUUCCGACUUACUUAGACCCUCUAGUUCUUGGCAUGGUAUAGCAUUUCCAUCACUUGAAGUUUUGAAAUUUAAAGACAUGAAGAGCUGGGAGGAAUGGUUAACUAGUGGUGGUGAAACAGCUGGAGCAUUUCCUUGUCUUCAUCAGAUGUCCAUAAUUAAUUGCCCAAAGCUAGAUGUGGUGGCAAUGGAGUUAAUACCAUCACUUCAAGUUUUACUUGUUAAAGAUUGUUCUAUGGCGGUGUUAAGAGGUAUGGUUGGUAUGUCCAAAUCAAUUGCUACAUUGACAAUGAAUAAUAUUAAAGGACUUACUCAGCUACAUGGAGAAACUUUAGAGCAUCUUAAGGCAGUUGAAGAUUUAAGCAUUUGGCACUGUGAUGAACUCACUUACCUGUGGGAAUCAGAAGCAACAGCAUGUGAGAUUCUUGUGAAUUUAAAGAGCUUGAGUGUAGGUUAUUGUGCAAGUUUAGAAUCAUUUGGAGAGAAAGAAGAGCACUUGACGCUUGACAUGAAAUCUAUUACACAAGUAAGAAUUUAUGGUUGUCCGAGACUAGAGAGGUACAGGUGUCCAAAUAGCAUUGAGAAGUUGGAAAUAGAAGAGUGUGAAAGUUUGGUGUCAUUGGGAGAGAAAGAAGAGCACUUGAAGAUGGGCAUGGAAUUUGUUAAAGAAGUGAGCAUCAAGAAUUGUCCGAGACUAGAGAGGUACAUGUGUCCAAAUAGCAUUCAGAUAUUGGAAAUCUCUAAAUGUCCAAGACUAGAGAGGUACAACUGUCCGAAUAGCAUUGAGAAGUUGGAAAUAAUAGAUUGUGAAAGUUUGGUAUCAUUUGGAGAGAAAGAAAAGCACUUGAAGAUGGGCAUGGAAUCUGUUACAGAAGUGACAAUAGGUGAUUGUCCAAGAAUGGAGAGUUACAAUUGUCCAAACAGCGUUGAGAAGUUGAGAAUAUAUGGUUGCCCUUCACUUUCCUUGACCUUCCCAACAAUGGACGAUCUCCCAUCCACUUUGAAGUUUCUAGAGAUUAAGAGAUGUGAUAACAUAGAAUCCAUUCUGGAUAAUGGUUAUGGGUUUCUUCCAUUUCUUUGCUUGAGAUGCCUUGUGAUAUCUGAUUGCAAGAAUCUGAAGUCAUUUCCUCAUGAGAAAUUGCAAAAACUCACAUCCCUAGAAGAAAUCGUGAUAUGGCUUUGUCCAAGUCUAGAUUUCCCCUUUCCCUGUGGUUUGUGGCCUCCUAAUUUACGUUUUUUAAGUAUAGGAGGGUUGAAGAAACCCAUUUCAGAGUGGGGGCUGCAAAAUUUCCCACCCUCACUUUUUAUGCUACACUUAUAUGGUGAUGAAAACUCAGGAGUGGUUUCAUUUGGUGCAAAGACAGACGAAGAAGAUAUAUCAUCUUUUCGUCUUCCAUCAUCUCUAAUUUAUCUAAAUAUAUGGGGUUUUAAUGAGCUGGAAUCAGUUUCAGAGGGCAUGGAACACCUCACCUGCCUUCAACAUCUUAAUAUUCAUAAUUGCCGGCAGCUUAGAGAUCUGCCAGAGACACUACUCCCUUCACUUUCAAGUUUAGUUGUGGUUGGUUGUUCCCCAGAAUUGAUGAAAAAGUGUAGUAGAAGUAGAAAAGGCAAGUAUUGGCCCAUGAUCUCCCAAAUCCCUCACUAUAUAUUAGAUUGAUUGGUGUCACAAUAUCUUUCAAAGCCAAUUGAAUCAGAAGCGGUCAUAUAUACCAUCAAUUGAUUACCUGCCAACAAUUUCAUUUUGGGAUGAUCAGAAAGCAACGACAGUUCAGUUGUCUUAGAAGAAGCCAAUUUUUAUUUUUAUUUUUUGAAAGAUUGAAUUUUACUCCAUUGAACAGAACCAUUAUCUUGUAUUUCCGAAAGAUUUAUUUUUUAGUCUGAAAGUUUUCUGUACUUUUUUUUCGACCAUCUUGUCUUUGUCCCAAAUUUAAUAGAAGCUAGUUAAUCAAAUUGAAUUUUCAA